GAUUCACAUACUGUAACUAAUAAGAUGGGAAUUGAGCUCAAUAAUGGCCACAAUCAUGAAAGAGAAGCCAUUAUUUGGUGGGAACAAGCAUUGGCGGAAUCCCGACUGGACCGAGCUCGAUGAUCGAGUAAGGGGAGGAAGGUCUGAGUCCCAUCUCCUAACUGAUGGCCACCGUGCCGAAUUCUGCGGCAUUCUUGAUAUCCAUGCCCUACGCGGCGCGGGUUUUGCAAGCCAGCGAACGACUGGGGAUGAUCGGUCGUGGGAUUUGGAAGGGUUCACUGGGGUGAAACUGAGGAUUCUUAACUCUGAUGUGAAAAACUAUACCUUCAGUGUGAAGGACAUGAUUCUCCGGCGCCAACCGGAGGGCCAAGGCCAGGGCACUCUCUCAUAUGAGGCAGACUUCACACUCUCAGGUUCAGAGACAGAUGUUUUCCUUCCAUUCUCACGCAUGAACGCCACAUAUCGUGGGAAACCCAUAAACAAUGCCCCAGAACUCAGGCUGUCAAGCAUUAAGCAGAUGAGCAUCAUGAUGAGAAGCUUUUUCGGCGAGCAAGAGGGACGCUUCUCGCUGACGAUUGGCUCCAUAUCUGCCUACACAUCAGAAGGUGACAUCCUGGAGGCGGAGAAGGGGAAGAAUGUCCCAGAUCUGAAUGAAUGGGAAACCUACGUGCAACGGGAAGCCCACCGACGGAGGAUCCUCCACGCGUGCCUGAUGGCAAUAGCAUGCGGGACGUUAAUCACAGUGACAAUGUCUUCCACCGGCACGAUCUCCUCGCUUUUGGAAUGGGUAAGGUCGCACGAGUAGCACGUCGGUCGCCAAAUCCGUGUAAUAGAACUGGUUUUAUAUAACUAAAUGUGCAGUUCCUGGACGCCAGC